ACAGCCAUUUCAGAACACAGAGGUGCUUUGGAGGUUCUUGCUUCAACAGUGUUUGAACGGAACUUCUAUAUCUUUCCUCCGCCGUUUUUAUUCCAAAGCUUGCAGCUGCAUAUUAUUGCAUUCCUUUAAUUUAUUUCCUUUAAAAGAAUUUAUAUUUUUGUAUAAAUAAUUUUCGGACUCAAAACAAGAAGCUAAGAUGGAGACCUCUCAGAUCCGUCAGAACUACCACCGUGACUGCGAAGCCGCCAUUAACCGAAUGCUCAACAUGGAACUCUUUGCGUCGUACACUUACAUGUCUAUGGCGCACUAUUUUGCCCGUGACGACGUCGCCCUGCCAGGGUUCGCCCACUUCUUCAAGGAGAACAGUGAGGAAGAGCGAGAGCACGCGGAGAAAUUCUUGGCUUUCCAGAACAAGAGGGGUGGACGCAUCUUCCUGCAGGACAUCAAGAAGCCAGAGCGGGAUGAGUGGGGCAGUGGUCUGGAUGCCAUGCAGUGUGCCCUGCAGCUGGAGAAGAAUGUGAACCAGGCCCUGCUGGACCUGCAUAAGAUUGCCUCUGACAAGGGUGACCCUCAUCUGUGUGACUUCCUGGAGACUCACUAUCUGAACGAGCAGGUGGAGGCCAUCAAGAAGCUUGGAGAUUAUAUUACCAACCUGGCAAAGAUGGAUGCAGGCAAUAACAGGAUGGCCGAGUACCUCUUUGACAAGCACACCCUUGGGGGCAAAAGCUAAAACCAGCCCUCAGGCUUCAUUCUUGUUCUCCAAAAGCCUCAAUAAUUCUGCUUUGUUUUGAAUAUUGACAGUAUAGUGAGUGCUGUACCCUUAAAGUGAUUUAAUAUUAACUGUAAUGUUGUACAAGGGGGAUUAUUAAUGUCAACAUCAGGGUCCUUAUAUAUUGUCUUAUCUGGUGUGGUUACAUAUGGAUGGAUAGUAGUCUUGGGUUAUAGUACUGAACUAUGCUGUCUCUUAAUUGUGUGCUUCUGCUUGUCAAUGAACACAACUGUAUCUGAGGUGGAGAUCAUUGCUGCUUGAAACGCUUCAAUAAACAUUUUGAGCUGAA